AUGUCGAUAGCUACAUACUCGAAACGAUUGGUUGGCGCAUCGGCGAUGGUCUUGUACGGAUAUGCGUCGUACCCGAUUGUAGAGCCCACAAGUACGCACUCGCUGCGACUGGCACAAGGCCUUGAUGCCUAUGAACUCGACAGUAAUGACCGCUUUGCCAUCCACGUGCGGCAUGUUGCUGCCUGUGUGGGCGUCAAGAACCCGGAACGGAUAUCUGUUCGCGUUGGAGUGGAGUCUGCUGGUGCGUCUAUGGGAGCUAAUCUCAUGAUUGAUAAGUGUGGUGCGUGCAUGGUGCUGCCCAUAGAACUCUACGACGCAUUCUACGCACCACGGCACGUACACAAAAAAUACGAUAUUCCAAAGCGAAAUGAGAUCGACUUUGUCCUGGCUCACGAAAGUGCUCACAUUGCGAAGAACCACUCCAUGUACACUGCAGCCUUCCUACCGGCAUUGCUUGUUGGCAAUUGCAUGGCUAUCUACAAGAUCCCGAAAAAAUUAAUUGCUGGAAUUGUCGGUGCUUUGGGUAUGGUUGGAGGUCAUUUGUGUCUUACAUGGAGCUUGGAGCAUGAAGCUGACCAGGUGGCUGCUGAGAAUGGUUUUGCAUGUGGUGGCAUUAGUUAUUUUCAACGGAAACUGACUCGCAAUUGUGAGAUGCGGUCAGUGCUCAACACUCUGAUGAUUACGAAAAGUGGAAACUACCUUGGUGACACUUCGCACCCGCUCUUAACGUCGCGCAUUGAGCGAUUGAGAAAUUUGACUUGUAUUACGAAGACUGUCAAGUUUAUGGCUAGUAAAUAA